AUGAUGUCCUUCGAAAUGAAUGACCGCAAAAAAAUUGGGUUAGGGCUGACAGCAUUUGGCGUCUUUUUCUCCUUUUUGGGAGUUGUCUUUGUCUUUGAUAAGGGAUUACUUGCCAUGGGUAAUAUUCUUUUCAUCUCUGGGGUUAGUCUAACCAUUGGCCUCAAGUCUACCAUGCAGUUUUUCACCAAGCGUUCAAACUAUAAGGGAACAAUAUCUUUUGGGGCCGGCUUCUUCUUUGUAGUCAUUGGAUGGCCUAUCCUUGGAAUGAUGUUGGAGACCUAUGGCUUUUUUGUACUCUUCAGUGGCUUCUGGCCAACCUUGGCAGUUUUCGCACAAAAGAUACCCGUUCUCGGUUGGAUCAUUCAGCAACCAUAUAUAAGAUCGUUCUUUGACAAGUACCGGGGAAAGCGAGUGCCCGUCUAG